GGUUUACGCAGACGGACUGACGUCACUUCAUGAAUGUAGUUUUGGUGGAGCAAAGUGUCACCAAACCAGAGACAGAAAACACAACUCUUAAAGAUGCUUUGGUUUGAGGGCUCAAUUCCUGAUGCCAUUAACUUAGCGAAACAGCGGAGCUGCGUGUUUGUGGUUGUCAUUACAGGGACAGACGACCUGUCCGGGCAGCUGAUCGCCAGCUGGGAGGAUGACAAAGUGUCAGAGGAAGCGAAGAACUGCUGUGUGACCAUCAGAGUCGAUGCCAAGAGUGAGCCAUGUGUGCAGUUCUCACAGAUCUAUCCAGUGGUGUGCGUACCCUCUAGCUUCUUUAUCGGGGAGAACGGCAUCCCCCUGGAGGUCAUCGCCGGCUGCGUGUCUGCUGAAGAACUCAUGAAAAGAAUCAACAGGGUGAAGCAGAUGCAUGCUCAGCAGUUUGGAUGUGAUGCAGUGUUACCAGCGGCAAGUGGUCCGGUGGAGACCACCCCUCUCAAUAGCACCACUCCAGUGCCAGCUCCAGCAACGCUUGUUGGGUCGGACACAGAACCUGCAGCAGUGCCACAGAUGGCAACAGCAUCCCUCUCCAGCACAGCUGAUGACGGCCGCCUUGCAGCCCCAAUGGCUCCUGCAGAGAAUGCUGCUCAGAGUGAAGGCCACCUGGAGGCCAGGGUGGAAAGGUUAACUAAGAAAGUGGAGGAGAGGAGAGAACAAAAGAAGAAGGGAGAAGAAGAGAAGGAGAUCCAAGUGGAAGUAGAGCGGCGGAAGAUGGGGAAGGAUGUGCAGGACUUGAAGAAGAAGCAGGAAGAGGAGAGGACCAAGCGACUCCUGGAAGAAAGGAACAAGGAGAAGGCUGAGGAAAAGGCUGCCAGGGAGCGAGUCAGACAGCAGAUAGCUUUGGACCGAGCUGACCGGGCAGCUCGCUAUGCCAGAACCCAGGAGGAGGAGCGGACGGCCAAGCAGGCCGUCCUGCAGGCCAGGCAGGCCCAGAAGGAGGCCGUGGUCAGAGAGAGGAGCACCAUUGCGAGGAUACAGUUCCGCCUCCCAGACGGCUCGGCCUUCACCAACCAGUUCCCGUCCCAGAGCAGACUGCAGGAAGCUCGCAACUUUGCUGUUCAGGAAGUAGGAAACCGCUACGGAAACUUCUCCCUGGCGACCAUGUUCCCUCGGCGGGAGUUCACCAGUGAAGACCUGGACAAGACUCUGCUGGAACUGGAACUGGCUCCAAGUGCUUCCAUCGUGCUUCUCCCACAGUCCAGCCGGCCCGCGAACACAGUGAUGCAGUCCUCUGAUGGUGGUCUCUGGGCUGUUCUGGGCACACUCCUCUACCCUCUGCUGGCUGUGUGGAGAUUCCUCAGUGCCUUCCUGUUUGCUAGCCCGCCCCCUGCUGGAGCGGAAUCCAGAGGCCACGGCCAGCCGUCCGGCUCCUACGCCAACGCGGCCUCCGACAAAGCCAAGAGAGAAACUGACUCUAAGCAGCCUGAGGAGAAGCGUCCCAAGGGCUUCACGAAGGAUGGCAAAGUCUGCCGGCUGCGGACUCAGGAGGACAGUGAGGACGAGAACAACACCUGGAAUGGGAACUCCACCCAGCAGAUGUAGCGCCGGAACAGUGGUGAUUAGUUCAGGAUGACCAGUUGAAGGUUUCUGUUUCCUCCUCCUCUUCCUGUCUCUAGGUCUGCAUGGGUACAUCUCCAAUAAUCAACACAAGAUCCUUUGUUUUUGUGUUGAUUAUGACAUGAUAGUGUUUCCUAACCCGGGCUGAGGCUCCACCACGUCAGUGGGAUCAAACGCGCUGAGGUCAAUGAGCGUAUGAAGAUGUUGUAAUCUGAGCCUGGCUCCACAAUAAACUGACUCAUUGUGUUUUGGAAAUGUUUAACUUUUGAAAAGUGCUUUGCUGAGUGCCAGUGACCCCUGCAGACUAUGACCUAAUGGUUUGAUGAUUACAUUUUUGUUUUAAAUGUAUGAAAUAUUUGAUCUGUUGCUGUUUCAGUCCUACAGAGGUGGCGGUCCACCAACAAACCGACACACCUUGGUAUUCUGUUCUCGGUGUAGUUCUCAUUCCAACAAUGAAAAUAAAAGCAGCCUGUUUUUCAAAAAGCCCCUGAAA